AUGGACCUGUCGUCGUUGUCAGCGCAGAUCGCUUCGGCAUGCCAGUGCGCUCUCUCGCCCUCCUCAGCGCCGGCGCAACGCCAAGAGGCCUACACGUUCCUGCAACAUGUGCGUGAGGCUCAUGGAGAGACUUGGCAGGCAUGCUUGGCUUUGUUUUUGGACCGUCAUGAUGGUGCGGGUGGUCAGACGGGCUACAAGUGGGACGGCGAUGCGAGGAUGUUUGGGGUGCAGGUCGUUGGGGAAAGGUCAGUCCUUUUACUUUGCUUGGUGGUUCAGUGCAUCUGCUUGUUUCGUUUCAUUCCGGUGUAUCCGAGUUGGGCUGCUCCGGUGGGCGCAGGAGGUGCUCGGCCGCUGGUUGUUGUCGUCACCCACUUCGCAGCGCACCCUGCCCGACCGCGCUCGCCCACUCCAGCGAGAGGGGCUAGCCAUCGUGUCUUAGGCCUCAAUCAUCCUAGGAGCAUGGGUACCACCACCGUACCGCUGCCUCUGCCCCACUCGAACGUGACAUCGACGUGCACGAGUCCGCUCCCGGAAGCUGCAUAACUGACGUCGCGUGACCCGCGCCCCUCGAGUGCAGUCUGCCGCAUCUCUCCGCCGAGGCACUCGCAUUCGUACAGCAAUCACUCGUCGACUACUUUCAGCAAGAGUACAUCACCUACGGAAAAGCAGAGAAUGGUGUCGCGUGUGAGUACUCCUCUGCGUCUGUCCACCUUGGGCCCAGUGACUGAACCUGCUCGUUCCCCCCACUUUGCCUUCUUCCUUCACCAUCGCACAGAUCUCAAGAACGCCUCGGUCCAUCUCAUCACCGUUCUGUUCGUGCAUACCUAUCCGCAGCAGUUCUCGUCCUUCUUCUCAACCUUUCUCAACCUGCUGCGCCUGUACUCGCCGAGUCACCAGCCCGCGCCGACGACCCCGCCUCCGCUCAACCCCUUGACGGCCGACCUCCUCCUACGCCUACUGCACGACGUUUCGGACGAGAUCUCGGAUGCCCAGUUGCGACUCAACAAGCUCCCGCAUCGUUUGGCUAAAGACACCGAGCUACGAGACGCCGUGCGCGAACACGACGCCCCCGCGAUCGCUUCGUCAAUCUGGGAGAUCAUCUCCGAGUCCCUCGAUGGCAUCUCGACCCCUUCCUCCUCCUCGACAACCCUGGACGACCUUGUCGGGCUCAAGGGCAAACGAGCGAGAGAGAUCCUCGAGAUGGCGAUGAAAGUCGUCGGUGACUACGUCUCGUGGAUCGACAUCAACCUCAUGGUCACCCCUUCGACAAUCGCACUUCUCCUUCGAGCGCUCAACUUGCCCUCGACCUCCGAAGCUCUCUCGAUUCGUACAGCAGCCGCGGAUGCUUUGCUCGAGACCAUCUCGAAAGGGAUGCCACCGGGGGACAAGCUCGCUCUGCUCUCGGUUCUCGACAUUGCUUCUGUUCUCGGUCGCUUGGUGGAAGAGAGAGAUGCGAGCAUCUCGCAGCUUGCGAACGGCAAGACGGCGACUGGCGCACCGAGUGACGACGAGAUGGAUGCCUUUGCGGAAAAGUUCGCCAAAUUGCUGAAUGGGGUAGGGUGCGAGUUGUGCAAGAUCUGUGAGGAUGUAAGUCGGAAAGGGUCGUCCUUCGAGAGGGUGUACUCUCGGGUGAGCUCAUAUUGCAAUAUUCUAAUCCAGAACAAUGCUUCGAAUGAGGCCAAGUCAGCAGCAUCAGUAUCGACAAGCUCAAUAUUCCCUCUACUGCUCCGGCUACUGACGGACCAAAACGAUCAGGUUGCCAUGGCCAUCAUGCCCUUCACCCAUACCUUGCUCUCGCGCUACAAGAAGGACAAGAAAAGGAGUCAAAACGUGCCGCUUGAUGCGGAACGAAGUGCUUUUCUGACAGCUCUGCUCAAGGCUGCGAUCGUCAAGAUGCAGUACAAGCCCGAUGACGAAUGGACGCUUUCGAAGGAGGGAGAGGAGGAGGAUGACGAGCUCGCGUUCCUCGACCUGCGCAAGAACCUACGUCAGAUCGGCGAUGCGAUCGCCAUUUUGGACCCACAGCUCUACUCGGAGGUCGUCCAAUCGACGAUCGUGUCGACGAUCGAAGCGUUCGAACAAGGUGCGACUCUACCCUGGCAGCGACUUGAGUUGAGCCUGUACCUCCUAUACGGAUUCGGGCAAGCCAUCCUCGUCACGGGUCCUCUGGCGUUCUCCGUCGUACCUCAAAGUGAGCUCGAUCGAGCCAAGAAGGAAGCCGAGUACCGUGUCGACUACACCGCCUUCCCACUCUCUACCCUCGGUGAACUCUUGCUCCGAGCAUGCCGAGGCAAUGUUGUCGAGUUCCCUCACCCCUCCGUCGCCCUCCAAUUCUUCGAGAUCACCGUCCGCUAUUCCGACUUCUUCAGACUCUGCCCCGAGUUCAUCGGUCGCAUCUUGCCAAGCUUCUUGGAUGAGCAUGGACUGCACCAGAUGGACGAGACGAUCCAGGCGAGGAUGUUUUACCUGUUUUCGAGGUUUAUCCAUCAGGCGAAGCAUAUUGUUCAGACGAGAGUGUCGGGACAGGUCAUUCAGGAGAUCUUGUCGAGGAUGCAGGUGAGCAGUCGUUUGAGAUGUCAGGUGUGAGCUGUGUACAAUAACUCACUCUCUUCCGGCCGUCACAGGACUUGUUGACGAUCAAUGCCGAGUUGGACUCGUCAGAUGCAUCGGUUGAAGGGUUGGUCAAGGCCGCUUCGACGACGACCUUUUUCGAUGCUCAGCUUUACUUGCUUGAAUCGAUCGGAACACUCAUCUGGAUUCUCAACCAGAUGCCCGACGAGCAGGUGACCCUCCUUCGAGCCGUUCUCACGCCGCUGUUGUCAGAGUUGCAAGCGAACGUGCGACCUACGGCUUCGAGUGCAGCUGAUUACGCGUCCGUGCUAAAGGCGCAUCACCUCAUCAUGGCGACUGGCAAUGUCGCCAAGGGUUUCCCCGAUGCGACGAACUUGAAGGUCACACCUACGGCCACUCCGAGUGGUAGCAGUCCUGGAUCGUCCGGCCCAUCAGCAAACAUCAGUGCGGCGAUGGCUCGUUCCACCUCGGGCGUUUGGGUCGAGGUCUUCAAGGAAGCGACCGAGUCGAUGCUCGCGGCCGCCAAGUCCAUGUCCUCCUUCGUCGUCAUCCGAGACGCUGUACGCUUCUCCUUCAAUCGAAUUGUCGCGACGACCGGACCAGCAGUCUUGCACCUGAUCCCAACGUUGAUCGACGUCCUGCUCGGUGAGAUCACCUUCCCCGAACUGGCCGAGUUGCUCAGUUUUGUUGGUCUCUUGGUCGCAAAAUACAAGAAUUCGAUCCUCGAAGUGUUGGACACGCUCUUGUUGCCCGUCUUCAAUCGCGUCUUCCAUUUCCUCAAACAACCGAUCACGGGCACGGACGAUGAGAUUCAACAUGCGACAUUGAGGAGGGCGUACUUUAACUUCAUCCUCUCCGUUACGUCGUCGAAUUUGCAGCAGGUGUUUUACUCUGAGAGUGAGUCAAUUCGAUUGUUUGCAUGAAGAGGCGACUCGCUAAACACCCUCCUCUUGCUACAGAGAACCAAUCCUCCCUCUCGUCGAUUCUGUCCUCAGUGACGCACUACAUCGCCCUCGACAACGCCCAGAUUUCGGAUCAACGUUUCGGCUUCAUCGUGCUCAACAAACUCCUCUCCCUCUGGGUCGUAUCCCCCCCAGUCCCAGCUACGAACGCCUCCUCCGGUCAACCCAAUACCGCCGUUCUCGUCAUGGAAGAAUCCCCUGUCCCCGGCUUCGAAACAUUCCUCUACAGCUCCGCGAUCCCCAUCUGUUUCCAAGUCCCCCUCCGACCCAACUUUGAUCUCCUCGAUGCCCAGUCGUUCCAAAUGAUGGGUGAGAUCGCGAGCUUGUUGAAAGGCUUGUACCUCAAAAGAGGUGACGAGUUCACGCAGUUCAUGAUGGGAGAGUAUUUGCCGACGACGAGUGGGUGGUGGCCCCAGGGCGCGGCGGAGGAGAUCUUGAAUGAGAUAACGAACGCGACCGAGUGAGUAGUGCUUUGUCAUCUGGGGGGUUGGAUGGAUCAAUAUCGAGUUGGUUAGAGUAGGGCGCUCCUGACACCCUUCUUCCCUAAAUAACAGUGGUAAAGCACUCAAGAAACCGCUCUGCGAAUGGGUUAGGAAGAUGCGUCGCGCCCUUGCGCAAGCGCGCCAGGAAGUCGCCGCCAACAACAACAAUGCCGAGGCCUGA